CUAACCUUGCAGCGUGAUGAACCUGUUUUCGCUUGGUUUGCUGCUGUGCUGUUCGGUCGCCGUCUGGGCCGACGACACGCGAUUCAGCGACACGAACGCCCGGUUCCGGUGCGGUAUUAGGAAGAAAUCUGGCGUUCAGCUGAUCCAUCAGGGUCGCACGGCCGAGCUGGGCCAGUGGCCGUGGCACGUGGCGCUGUUUUACGGCGCGGACUACAAGUGCGGCGGAACGCUGAUCGACCAGCUUCACGUGCUGACCUCGGCGCACUGCGUCAUUGGGUCGAACAAGAGGCCGAAGAAGCCGGACACGAUUACGAUUCAGGUGGGGAAGAAUGUGUUGGACGAGAAUCCGGAUCGGGUGCAGAUCGUGCGGGUGCGAGAGAUUCACGUGCAUCCUGAGUUUAUAAGGAAUCGGAACGAUAUUGCCCUGUUGGUGCUGUCCCAGUCGGUUCAGUACUCGGAGUUUGUGAUUCCGAUCUGCAUCGAGGGUAUUCAGGCGGCGAAGGGAGAGGAUCUGGUCGGACGGCGGGGAUGGGUGGCUGGAUUUGGAGAGACUGAGACAGAGAAGUUUUCGAGACAGCUGAAAACCGCUUCGAUGCCGGUGGUCAAUAAUACGGAGUGCGUUCAGAGCGAUCCGGAGCUGUUUGGGCGGUUUGUUUCGCCGGCUGUGUUCUGCGGCAGCGAUAAGAAUGGGACGAGCGUGUGUCGUGGGGACAGCGGCGGCGGGAUGUACAUUCUCGCUGGUGAUCACUGGGAACUUCGCGGGAUUACCUCCUUUUCUGGACUGUCGGAAACCGGUACCUGUGACGUGAAGAAGUACGUGGUGUUUACGAACGUUGCGUUCUACUACGAGUGGAUCAAACAGAAAACCGGUGGGACGGUUGUGGUAAUUCCGAAGCGGAUUAGUGAGGCGAAGUGCCGCGAGUAUUCGAGAUUCGCUGCGAAGCGUCAAAACGGCGUUUGCUACAACUCGCGAUCUCCGCACACAGUCGCAAUCAUUGACCUAAACCAGCGGCACAUCUCGAGUGGAAGCAUCAUCAGCGAGAGGUUUGUCCUGACCAAAGCUCCGAGCCUGUUUGACAUCUUCGUAUCGGAUGUCGUCUGGGAUGAUCUAUGGGUGCGCUUGGGCAAUCAACCGGACAAGAAGGUGAUUCGGGAGAUCUCCCAUCCGGACUAUGACCCGGAGACGCUUCGCCACCACAUCAUGCUGCUGGAGAUGGACUCGCCGUUGGCGUUCUCGAACCGACUGGUUCCUGUUUGUUUAGCCAACUUGGGAACGGAGAAUCUCUACGACACACUGCUUCUGAACGGGUACAGCGGUCAAAGUGCCAAUACCAACGAAUUUUACGAAAGCGUCGAGAAUCGGGUCAUCUCGAACGAGAAAUGCAACGAAACGGUGAAGCUCGCCCACGCAAAGUACACCGUCAACGAGGAGGAACUGUGCGCCAUGGAUCGGUACGAGGGCUUCUUCUUCUGGGGUGGUAUCGUGGGAGGUCCACUGCAGACGGUCAACACCCGUAGCUGUAUGUUCACGCAGGUAGGGGUCACCAAGUUUCUGAUUCCGCACAAUAUGAACCGCGAGGUGACCAAAACGGUUCGCUUCACCAACGUGUACUCCCGGGUGACGGCCUACCUGGACUGGAUAGAAGCGGAAGUGUGGGGCAACGAAACGCUGCCGGUGGACAGUGAGCUUGCCGAUAACGGAGGAGAAGCGCCCACGAUUGUUGAUAACGAAGUGGAAGAGGACCAGGAGAAUGCGACUGCAGCACGGUUGCGAGGCAGCACUACAAGUGGCGAUAUAAUUCAUUUCCCUAAAGACUAGAUCAACUUAAGAUUGAAAUUGUUUAAAAAAAUCAAUAAAUUGUGAUGUUGUUGAUAUUGA